AUGGCCAGUCUCCCAAGAAGCAUACGGCGAAAUGCGCUGGCUAAAAUAGCUGAGCUCUCUGCGACGUCAUCAACUGAAAAUUUUGAGGGUUCUGAUAUUGAGAGGCUCUGUAGAGUUUCUUCUGGCAAUAAUAAGUUAUCUGGGCGUGUGAAUGGAGUUAACAGUGAUCAUUCGGGCUCUCUGGCGGGCUCUCCUAUGAAUAUUAGGGAGUUUGAAGUACUUCUGGCUUUGUGCAAAGCAGCACCUCUAAUCGAUAAUACAUACAGCGCAGAGAAACUCACCAGUCAGUUGAGCCCAUACGUUCUCGAGGCCCAUACUCAAUUGUUUGUGCAAUCCCCCCUUUUUCGCGCGAUCGAACCGUCUCCCGUCGAAGCACUAAGCUACAACCUCACAACGGCUCUCCUAUCCAUUGGUACAAAACAUGGCCAUCUACAAAGACUCAUUUCCGAAAAGUUAUCGAUAUAUCUAGACAAUUGUGUACAUGCCAGUGAGACUGCCACGGAAAAUCGAGGAGUUAGUUCAGAAUAUGCUACUGAUAUCGAAGAGGCAAUCCACGUUGCAACUGUAACGAUAUCUCUUUUGGGCUUUUUAGACGCAGUAGCUUCUCAGGCCAAUUUUUGGAGUGCAAGGGAGAGAUUGGAUCUAUGUGAACGCGUUAAGGUUAUUUUGUCAGAAGGCUUUUUGGUGGCGAUAGAGACGGCCUUCUCAACUAUUCGCAAUACCCACCUCCAAAGCAGUCACGUAAAAGAGUGGAAGAGAUAUGUUCGUCAUUAUGCAGCUAUUGGUCGGCCGUUGGGUGCCAUGCUUUUACAACGGAGCUUUAUGUGGCUACUCGUCGCAAGCUCAUCACUCCUUCUCGUUGAUGCCGACAGUCUUAAACGCCAUGAUGUUUUGAGCAUUCUGAUGUCUCGUCUUGAGGAUUCGAGGCCUAACUCACCCCGUAACGAACAGGUUGAUUCCGACACAGUUAAUACCCUGUCAAAUAUUGCUUCGAUUGAAAUAAGUCUUCUCGAGGACGGCGCAGAUUAUCUCCGUUUGGGCUCUGCUUGGCAACAAAGACUGGCAUUUUCAGUCAAAGCAAGUGCUAUAACAACCUAUCUGAAUUGUGCAAUGUUGAAUGUGAAUGAUGAUGAAGUUGAACCCGAAACACUCAUGUCCUGGCUUGAGGACACCCUGGCGGAUCCUGUACAAAUGGCAGAUGAGACAUUGGCCAAUGUUGUCCUUCGCUCAAUGGCCUUGAUCUCCAAACUCGCCCCUCAGUUCGCACCAGAAGUCAGUCGUCUUCUACCACGAUUCAUUGUUCAGGGCAAUCCACAAGGGAAUACAAUUGGGGCUGCCUGCGCAUGCCUCGCAUAUGUUCUUCAUAAUUUAUCCCAGGAUGCUAUAAUAACUACCCUUUAUACGCUAGGAAAUGUUCUCACCUCUGGUGCAAGUCAUGCGGAUAAAGCUCCUUCUGUACCUAACGGAGACCUGGCGCUGGAUGGAGCUGCACAGACAACUCUCUAUGGAAAGAAUUCUAAUGGCAGUUCUAUAUCCUUGGAAAUAUUCACAGAAGAAGACACUUCUGCCGUCUAUGGUAAUGUUGUACAGGCUAUAUGUGCUAUCGCUGGAGACUGUAAAGAUGCUAAAAUUAUUGCUUUGGCCCAAUCCAUGCUCCUGCAAAAGAUCGAUAAAAUCAACCAACUAAUCGAUGCUCGUAUCGUCACAGCUGCAGCAGAAUUGUCAUUAUGUGGAGGGCCGCUAGAGUUCCGGUCAUUGCUCAAGCUUUAUGGAAAAAUCACGCAUCUAGGUGUCAUGAAAAACAACGAAAUCAUACUACAUGCUCCCCUGGCAGUCUUUUUUUCUACCAAUAAUAUGGUUUCCGACAAUGAUCUCAGCGAGGAGAUGUUGUCUUUGGUACGAGAUGCUUGGUUCAAUAUUGUCGUUCAUGGCUUUACCACCAACACUGAGCGUGGACAGCUCUACUUGAAAGAGUUGCGCAUUCUGGCGGUCCAUUCAAAACCUCUUGUUGCGGAGCAGCGAGGUGAGCAAGUAGAGAGUGACAUUGAACUCAAUACGGUGUUACGCCGAGGGAUCAGUCAAGACCAUGAAACAACACAGAAAAAGCGCCUCACAGCUCUCCUUCCUAGUAGAGCUAGAGAAAUCAAUGCACUUAGUUAUCGCAAAGUCAUCUUUCUUCAGGCUGCUUAUUUAGUGGAAACGCUACGGGCUGAUGCAGGUGACUGUAGCAAAGCCCUGAGAUACUUUCUUGAGCCUAGCAUGCGCAGAGGUGAGAUGAGCAGCACGAUGGAAGCUGUCACAGGUUCCGUGAUGGAGAUUUAUUUGCGCAAAACUUUAGCGGGCCUAACCCCAACAUUUUCGGCUCCCUAUGUUGCUAAGCAGUUGGCAUCAAUAUUUACCGGUUGUUGUUAUCGAAUUGAAAGGGUACAGCAAGCUGCAAUGAACUGCGCGGAUAGGAUAAUACGAGAUGUCCCAUCUGCCCUUUGUCAAAAGUCCUCUUUAUUUGCACUUCUUGAACUGUUGUCACUCCUUUGGAUGAGUUGUUUGGAAGCCGAAACAGAUGAGUACGGACUGAGAUCUUCCUUUACGUCUGAGAAAUCAAAAAUAACCAUUGAAUUAUCCGAUGAUUAUGGCCUCCGUCGUCGUACGCUUGAUGCUCUAUACAGGAAAGCCAAAGGAUGGGUCACAGCAGUGAUUAAUAUUGCUCCUGCAGAUGUAAAGGGCUUGCUACAGACAUAUCUCUCGGAGUAUGACGAUGAAGGCGCUUAUGGUCAUAUAUCCCUGGGACGGUCGUUUGCUACAGAGAUGGGAGCUAUCAUUCCAAGUAUGGACCACAGGCUUGAGGCGAUCGAUCGCCACGGAGAUUGUAAUAUCAACACGGCCUCUGAUUUCAUUGCUCAAUAUACUACAAGGCAAGAGUACCGCUAUGCAGAAGCUCUUCCGGACCACAACGCUGAAUGGCUGCGUUCUAUGCAUCUCGAUGAACGCAAACCUUCGAUCACAUCUAAACCUGACAAAGAUUGUGAUGACGCGGUAUCACUUUUGGCCAAACUCGAAGCACAAAUUCACAAAAAGAAACACAUAGCUAUUAGCGAAAUCCGUGAUGUACUGAGGAGAGCUGCUGCUUUGCUUUGCCGAAGUGACAAGGAUGAGUGUGCUAUCAUACGCUAUCUUGUUUCCAUACCCUUCGCUAUCUUCACCAAGCAGUCAAUCAAACUAGGAGGUUCAUUAUGGCUGGGUGUCAUCAACGAAAAUCCCAGCAUGGAGCCUAGAAUUCUCAUGGAAAUCGCCCAACAAUGGGAACAGACUUCACAUCGUAAGAUAGGGAUCUUCAAUGGCAUGUUCAUCCAUCAGGACCCUUUCUACAUCAAGGAGGAGUUCGCACCUAGCGACAGGACAGUGCUGGCCAAAAAGCAACACGCUGUUAACAAUAUGCUUGCUCCCCACAUGCGACUUCUACAGCUCCUUAGUAGUCAUUUCAAUGCCACUCGUCUUGGAAGCUCGCACACAGAAAAGACAUUCAUCAGAAUCCUGAACUAUACACUAGAUAGCUUGAAACAUUCUACUGGGCACCCGCUUGCUCGAGAGAUUAGAUUCCAAAUCGUCUUGUUUGGCUUAAGAGUCCUAAGACACACCACUUCUCUCGACUUUCCGUCUAAGUGUAGGCUGAAGGACAAGAUUCUUUCUGCUGCUCUCAGUUGGUUUACAUUCCCGCCACGUUGGUCAUUUGGUGGUAACCGCCUGCAAUUGAAGGCCGAGACUCGCCUAUUGAACGACGUCGUUCUAGCGUUUAGAAGCGUUACAAUGACAGGUUCCAAGCCCACUGCUAUACUCCAACUGAUGCAGGCGAAGGAGGAGCUUUUGCACAUUUUGAUAGAAAGCGAACAGACUAGGUUGAAUGUUUGGCUUGAUCCUUUACGUCAAGGACGCGAUAUCCAAGUUCCCACUCCCGCCAGAGUCGCUAACGAUGCAGUGCUACUUCCUCUGGUGCAAACAGCUUGGAACGAAAGCCCAUCUUUGGCUAUACAGCUUGCUUCUAGAUUUCCUUCGGCGAGGUUGCACCAGGAAAUCCGCUCGCUCUUGCUUCAAUUUCCCGACAAAGCAGUAUCGGAGCCUGAAGCACUCCAUGUGUUACUUGGCGACACUUUGCCACCUGAUGUGACAUUCCAAAUGAAGUACCUUUUAUACUGGGCUUCUGUUAAUCCGAUAUCUGCUGUUACGUAUUUCUUACCGUCAUACCGAAAUCAUCCUUUCAUCAUUCAAUAUGCUAUGCGGGCUUUGGAAAGUCACCCUGUAGACGUCACUUUCUUUUACGUACCCCAGAUAGUUCAAACGUUGCGCUACGAUGACUUAGGAUAUGUUGAGCGGUAUAUUGUCGAAACUGCGAAGUUUUCACAGCUUUUUGCUCAUCAAAUUAUUUGGAACAUGAAGGCCAAUGCUUUCAAAGAUGAAGAUUCUCAAAUUCCUGAUCCUGUCAAACCCACACUCGAUAAAGUUAUGAACCGCAUGAUUGAGUCCUUCUCGGGUGUUGAUAAAACGUUCUAUGAGCGCGAAUUCACAUUCUUUGACGAAGUCACUAGCAUUUCCGGCAAGCUGAAGCCAUACAUCAAACGGCCAAAGCCAGAGAAGAAACAGAAAAUUGAAGAAGAAUUGCGCAAAAUCAAGGUGGAGGUUGGAGUCUACCUCCCUAGUAACCCUGAUGGUGUGGUAAUUGGUAUUGAUCGACAAUCCGGAAAGCCACUUCAAAGUCAUGCUAAAGCGCCGUACAUGGCAACCUUCCGCAUUAAGAAAAGUAUAGGUAAUGACAUGGAAGGCACGGAUGACAUGCUUGAAGAGACCAACAAAAAUGGAAGCACCUCGAAUGACAAUUCUAUCGAGAUUUGGCAAUCAGCUAUUUUCAAGGUUGGUGAUGACUGUCGUCAAGACGUCCUAGCUCUUCAAAUGAUCGCUGCUUUCCGCGGAAUCUUCAAUAACGUGGGGCUUGAUGUUUACGUCUUUCCCUAUCGUGUUACUGCGACAGCACCUGGUUGCGGUGUUAUUGACGUUUUGCCAAACUCCAUCUCGCGUGAUAUGCUUGGAAGAGAGGCUGUGAAUGGUCUAUUUGACUAUUUCAUAUCUAAGUACGGAAACGAGGAUUCCCUCAGAUUCCAAGAAGCGCGAGCCAACUUUGUUAAAAGUAUGGCUGCAUACUCAGUUAUCUCUUUCUUGUUGCAAUUCAAGGACCGACAUAACGGCAACAUCAUGAUUGAUGAUGCUGGGCACAUUCUACACAUUGAUUUUGGAUUCUGCUUCGACAUCGCACCUGGUGGUGUCAAAUUCGAGAGAGCACCAUUCAAACUCACAACAGAAAUGGUCGCUGUGAUGGGAGGAAGCACAGAGCAUCAAGCAUUCAAAUGGUUUGAAGAACUCUGUGUCAAAGCUUAUUUGGCCUCGCGCCCAUACACUGAGAAGUUGUCGCAGCUCGUCAUGCUCAUGAUGGAUUCUGGCCUUCCUUGCUUCAAGCCUGAGACUAUUCAGCAUUUCAGAGAUAGAUUUGUGCUGGACAAAACGGAAGCUGACGCCGCGACGUUCAUGAGAGGCUUAAUUAAGAGAAGUUAUGGUAGUUAUUCCACUGGAGUCUAUGAUCAGUUCCAGCUUUUGACCAAUGGAAUUCCAUACUAG